AUGGUCCCUUCUCUGCUUGUGGUACCCAAACAGCGCUCGUUUGCAGCCAAACAGUCAGAUAGACGCCGCCUCAGUGAUAGUUUCUAUAGGAGGGACACGCCGAGGGCGGUUUCUGAAAGUCCUAGGAGUGACAAUUCGAAGAAGGAGAAUCUCCUUCAAAAGGACUUGAAACGGUCGCUGCGCUACAAUGUGGAUCUUUCAUCGGCUGUGGCUUCCUAUGUUCCUGGUCUGCUAGAACUAGAGGAUAUCCCGGUCUUGCCGGUCUACAAUAGAGCUACAGGGAAAUUUCGAGUGUUUUCCACGCCUACUUCUUCACAUGAAGGCAGCCCUCGAUCAUCAAACAAAUCUAUAACCGAAGAUCGCUCUUUCUCCAGCCAGUGCUCCGAUAGACUGUCCCAGAUGUUCGGUGGAGCUGCUCCUUUUGACGUCAAUAACGGCCUAGGUGCUCCAGAUCACAGCGGCCACGGCUCGAUGCUUGGAUCCGCUUUCCAGGAACCGCCAUCGCAGGAUUACGAUAUUUUGCACCCAAACCAGAGAAGAGCGUUUUCUGAAAACCACACCGCUCUGGAGCCCAGUUUCUACAGCCAGCCGCGUCACUCCUCCCAGACACUCAGCCUAGAUCCAAGAAGAAAAACAGAACUUCCGCCUUUGCCACGAGAUGCAGCAGACUCAGUGCUGAGUGGCAGUGGAAGUGAGCUUUUCUCCUCGGGAUCCAACUCUGGCGAGUCCAGCCUGGAACCUGAUUAUACUCCUCGUCAGAGAAAGCCAGAACUUCUGUUUUUGGACGAAGUCAAUGGAGGCUUUCUUGGGCAUGUGGCCAGAAGGUCUGUUUCUACAAUCAGUACAUGCAAGACCUUGGAGCUGGGCUCGUUUAUGGACGAGCCAGAGGUUGUUUCUGUAAUGACUAAUAUGGACAGCAUUGCCAGUGAAGGCUCCUUGUGGCAGGUUAUGGAUCACCAGGACGGUCCAGAACAGAGCCUCGUCACCCCAGAACAGUCCACCACUCAAAACCUGACUGACUCCCCAGCAACGCCUGAAAUUCCCCAGACUCCGGAAAAAUCUGCUUUUGUAGGUCAGAGUCUGCCAUUCCUCCCCUUCAAUUCUUCCACUCCCCAGUUAAACCCUUCGACACCCAAAUCCAAAGAACUCCCACCAGUACCCACCAAAAGCCCAAAGUCCAACAAAAAAGUGGCGUUUUGCCUCGAUCUGGGCGCCGAAUACGACAAGUCCAGAUUCAUGAUACCCAACGAGUACAAGCUCAAGCCGAAGAAGAAAAACGUCAAGCCGAGGGCUGUUUCGCAGCCAAACCCUGUUUUGCAGCCAUUCUACCCUGCUUCCAAAAGACACUCCCAGCCUAUUCCCGUGGCUGAAAUGUCGGCUAUUUCUUUACCGGCCCCACCCAAAUCACAGCCAGUUUCCCCAAACAGACUGGCCGAAACUCAGCCCAUUCCGUUUAGAACCAACGUUCGCAUCCGGGGUGGUCUCUAG